CCUUGGCUCUUUUCAAUUAUUAUUGCGCUUUUCACUAUUUAACAGUUUUUCUGCUUUGCAAAGAUGGGCUGCGUUUUCUGCAACAUCGUUGCCGGCUCCGAGCCUUGCCACACAGUACUAGAAGACUCCAAGCACAUUGCCUUUCUUUCUAUUUCCCCAAACACCCCUGGCUUUACGGUGGUUAUUCCCAAACAGCAUGUCGAUUCGGACGUCCUGGCGCUUGAUGACAGCGUGGACAAGGUUCUCCGUCGCGGAUUAAAGGUCGACCGGUGCGCAGUCAUCAUCGAGGGUCUAAUGAUUGACCACGCACAUACCAAGCUGGUCCCGCUUCAUGGCCUCAAUGGCGAACGGUCGUAUGUCAGCGAAGACAUUGCAUACUCGGAAUUGUACAAGGGAUAUGUCACAUCAAUGGAGGGUCCGCGACUGGGCGAUGCAGAGUUGGCUGCAACGCUGUGCCAGAUUCAAACGAACUGCGAUCUCUAAAUAAAGCACAUGACCCAUCCCCACAACGCGAGUCGACGUUUGCCUCAACUAAAUAUUAGCUCGGAAUUUUUUGUGCAGGUUAGAUUACAG